UCAAGGUGUCGUCGGCACUGCAGCAUCCGCUCUGCGGCUGAUCGCUGCUACUGCUGCUCACAGUCCCGCAGACAAAGUCAUGGAGGGAGGGAAGUUGUGAGGCUAAGAAGUGGGUAUACAUCCCUACGAAACGGGCAAAUUAGAAGCAAUGGCGGAGGCUAAUCCACUUAGGGGACUGCCCCGGAUCCAGAGGGCUGCGAUGUCGUUCCCUGGACAUCUGCACUUAGUUCUAGUUCUGAGACCCAAAACCCACCUGCAGACCACUGGAACAGACCUCGGUUUCCGCUUCAGUCAGGACGACUUUGCUCUCAAGAUGCCGAUGGUAAUGUUGAGCUCCCUGACAGACCUGCUUCGCUUCAUUGAUGAAAAUCAACUGAGCUCUGAGUUUGGAGGCACACUGGAGGAAUGCCAUAGUGACUGGAUAGUUCUGCAAACAGCCAUAGAGAGUUUUGCAGUGACGGUGAAGGAGAUCGCUCAGUUACUGCAGACAUUCGGCACAGAACUGUCUGAGAUCGAGCUGCCUGAUGAAGCCAGCGGAAUUGAGUACCUACUCAGAUCACACACUGAGAAAUACAGGCAGAUGAAGGAUGACAUUAGGACAGUUAUGAGGGAAGGACGUCAGCUUCUAUCAAACCUUGAGGCCUCAAAAGCUGUGGAAGGUGCUGCAGCAGAAGACAGGGACAUCAGCCAAGACAAAGAAAGAGUGCAGAGGCUCGUGGCACAAUUACGAGACAUGGAAAUGGCUUUUGAUGGCUUUUUUGAGAAGCACCAUCUCAAGCUCCAACAAUACCUUCAACUGCUCCAGUAUGAGAUGAGCUUCCAUGAGAUGGAAGGCAUUCUGGAGAAACUCAGUGCACAGGAGAAAGCCAUUGCUUCAGUGGGGACAACAGUGGCCCAGACAGAGCAGCUACUCAAAGACCUCGAGAUGCUGGAAACCACAGCAGAGGAAGAAAUGGGCCGCGCUCAGAUUAUUAUUCUGCACGGGCACCAGUUGGCAGCGAGUCAUCAUUAUGCCCUUGCCCUAAUAGUUCAGCGCUGUAAUGAACUGAGGCACCACUCAGACACUCUCACUACAGCUCUACGUGCCAAACGGGCAUCUCUCACACGCAUUCGAGACCUGCUGUUGCGGUUGGAGGAGACUGUGCGUUGGUGUGAUGAGGGGGCCUAUCUUCUGGCUAACCAGCUUUUGGAUAAGUUUCAGUCUAAAGAAGGGGCGCAGGCAGCCCUCCAGGACAUUGAGAGACUGGUGGAGACAGCACCCUCAGUGGUGCGGUCUAACCCGGAUGUUCUCAGUCUAGAGUUUGAGGCAAUACUCACACCACAGCUGCAGUCUCAGAUAGAGGCUGUCACAGAGAAGCUGUCAACAGUGCAGGGAAUGAUCCAGAGCAGACAGGGCUGUCUGAGGAAACUGGCUGAUAUUCAGGUCAGACCCAUCCAGCUAGUCGCUCCAAGGCCGGAGAACUCGCCACGCUGCAAAUCCCCUGUAUUCUCUCCUAAACACAGUUUUGAUGUGAACUCAAGUUUAAGGUUUUCUUUUGAUCUGGCUCUUCCUGGUAAAAGGGCCUCACGGAAAGGUCCCAGCACUAAAAAGAUAGAGGUCAUGCACGAUUACGAGGAGAACCGCAGCUGCCUGUCUUACAGCCCAGAGGGAGUUGAGAACCCCGUCCAGCACAAACGCCACGUAAUGAAGGAGCUGAUUGAGACGGAGAGAAUCUAUGUGGAUGAACUGCUGUCUGUUUUGCUGGGUUACAGGGCAGAGAUGGAUAACCCAUCUCUCUCUAAUAUACUGCCAUCUGUGCUGCGAAACAAGAAAGAAGAGCUGUUCGGAAAUCUGCCUGAGAUCUAUAAAUUCCACAGCAGGAUAUUCUUUCAGGACCUCGAGAGCUGCUUAGAGACCCCAGAGAGAGUGGGAGCGCGCUUUCUGGAACGGAAAGAAAAUUUUCAGGUCUAUGAGCGCUACUGCCGGAACAAACCUCGCUCAGAUGCCCUCUGGAGGCAGUGUUCAGAUUCAGCCUUCAUUCAGGAGUGCAAAAAGAAGCUGGAUCAUAAGCUAGGUCUGGACUCAUAUUUGCUGAAACCUGUUCAACGUUUAACCAAGUACCAGCUUCUUCUGAAGGAACUACUAAAACACAGCUCGAACUCACAGUAUGCAUCUGAGCUGCAGGGGGCGCUAAAUGCCAUGCUGGACCUCCUCAAGUCUGUCAAUGACUCCAUGCAUCAAAUUGCUAUCACUGGUUAUGAAGGCGAAUUGAGUGACCUGGGACGUGUCCUUAUGCAGGGGUCUUUUAAUGUCUGGAUCAACCAUAGAAAAGGGCCUACGCGCAUGAAAGACAUGGCUCGCUUUAAACCAAUGCAAAGGCAUCUGUUCCUUCACGAAAGAGCUCUGCUUUUCUGCAAGAAGAGAGAGGAGAGUGGAGAGGCACAUGAUCGGACAGCCUCUUACAGCUUCAAACACUGCCUGAUGAUGAGUGCUGUGGGUAUCACAGAAAACGUCAAAGGGGAUGUAAAGAAGUUUGAAAUUUGGUAUAACGGAAAAGAGGAGGUGUAUGUUGUUCAGGCUUCAACUGUAGAUGUGAAGAUUGCAUGGCUCACUGAGAUUAGAAAAAUUCUCGACAACCAGCAAAAGAAUGGCAAAGGUGAUGCUCACCCGGACGGUGAGCAGCCAUUAUCUCCACCUUUGGCCGACAGUGUGAGGCAUAUGUCUGUAUGCAUGCCCUGGACGUCCACACAGAUCACUGGCUGCUCAGGUUGUUUUGAUGUCCUUCCUCACAGCAAGUACCAGGGGGCGUCCAUCAGCUCGGAGGAGACCGAUUCAGGCCGUGUGAGUCCGGUUUUGACAGAUCCAGUCAUCAUUUCUCCACGGCCCCGCCACCACAACCGGCGCAGCUGGCCAGGGACGUCUCACUCAGUGGACAUCUGUGAGGGUCUGGAGGACUGGACCACUGACCUUUCAAACAUCUCAGAUUCUGAUGAAGAAGACGAUGUGCUGCUGGUUCCUGGAAGGUAUAGAGCAAUGGUGGACCAUUUAAAGUGUGGCAAGGAUGAUGUCAUCAUCAAAUGUGGUGAUGUCAUUCACGUGCUGCAGGAGAGUGCGAUGGGGCUUUGGCAUGUUAAGAAUUUGACUCGUGGAGGUGAAGGAAAACUCCCUGUUGAUACACUGCUGAGAAUGCUGGGAGAUGCAGGCAGAAGUCCCUCCAUUAAAUCCGGAGGAGGACUUAUGGUGAGUGAACUCUACAGCGCUAAUGAUUUUAUAAGAAUACUAUAUUCUAAAAUGCAACUUACAUAAACAUGUUGAAUAUGUGUUUAUUUGAUCAGAUCUACUGCAGUAGAAGCUUUUCUUUCUCUAAAGCAGUCCGGUGUUGUCUCAUAGGUACGGGAAAUAUAAACAGCAGGAAGCCCAGCAACACCUAAGUACAUAAACCAGAUGUACACAAAGCUCACACCAUGUGACAACCCUAAAGGCCAUUACUAUCAUUCAGGACUGAGCCCAGUCACGCCAACCUGAAGCACACAAACAAACACCAAGUCAGAAAAACAGAGCUACCUAGUUGAGAGAAAGUUUCCAUCUGCCAUCAGUGGGGAUUUUGGAUUAUACUGGAUUUAAAGACAAAAAGUCCUCGAAUGAGCCAAUGACCACAACUACAACAAUACAUCUGGAAAUAAAAAGAGAUUUGCAAAGCACUUUACACUGAUCCACCUCAUCCCUGGAAAGUACCAUCACCAUGCUGUGCCAUAUAAUGAUAUAAAACAUGUAUUUGUGUAGUUAGCGCAGUGUUUUAGUAUAUAUUAAAAACAAGACGGUUUAUGGCAUGGGGUGUAAUGUACACUGGCUUGAGAGAAUAGCAAACAAUUUCUUCCUCUCCUCGGAUAGGUACAGUGGUUGGAUACUUGUUUUAAAAAGCCAUUUUAGUGCUGGAAUGGAUAGCAGUGCUACAAAGAAUGAAAGAUAAACUAAACAUUAGAAUCUAGUUUAUGUGCCAAAACCUAACAAUCCAUUCCAAAACCAACCAGGUUGACACUAAUUCCUCUUUUUUAUUACUCUGACUUUACUUUGGUAUUUCUCCAAUAAAUAUUUAAGAGAAAUAUUUUAUUUCAGAGAGUGUGAGGUGAAAACUUCCAAAUCACUUGCAUCACAAACCACUUUUCAGUAAUGUGAUUGCUUUAUUGCUUCAGAGUUAUGCUUAAAAACAUAUCGCUCACCUUCAGAUGAUCCAUGUUUAUAUUCAUACACUUUAAGUCAGUUCAGAUAUGGCUGUUCUGGGCUACUUAGCAAAUUUUCUUAGAUUUCAAAGUGUUUUGUACAGAUUUACUGUAGAAACAGCAUAAUUCAUUUUGAUUUAUAAAUCCAUUUUUUAAUCACUUACACCAUUUUUGGGUCAGUUUUUGUCAUUGAAAUAAAACUUUGUGGUAUACAUCAUUAUAACUUCCACUGUAAACUUGUUCGAUCUAAUAACUUUUUCUCUGUCAAACUUCCUGCACUCACAAUGUGCAUUUAACUUUUGUUAAUUGCUUAGAAACCAUUACGAUGAAUGUACAUUAGCUAACCUCAUUAAAAACUGCAAUGAAUAAAUACAGUACCAUUUAAAAGUUUGGGGUCAGUAAGAUUAAAAAAAAAAAAAACAUUCCUGAAAAGAAAUGCAUACUUUUAUCCAGAAAGGAUGCAUUAAAUUGAUUUUAAAAGUGAAAGUAAAGGCACUGAUACAUAUUUCUAUUUCAAAUAAAUGCUGUUUACUGAACUUUCUAUUCAUCAAAGGAUGCUGGAUAAAAUCAUAGUUUUCACAAAACAUUAUAUUUUGUCAGCACUGAUAAUAUGAAAUGUGUCUUGAGACCAAAUCAGCAUAUUGGCAUAAUUUCUUAAGGAUCAUGUGACACUGAAAACUGGAGGAAUGACUCCUGAAAAUUCAGCUGUCAUCACAAGAAUAAAUUAAAUUGUAUUAUAAAACAGUUUAAAAAUGACCCCAAACUUUUAAAAAGUCGUGUACAUUUGCAUGUCAUUAGUUUAAAAGAGGGCUUGAUAAGGGAGGAGAAAAGUGGUCUGAAUGGGUUCAUGUGUACUCAGUUUGAAGUGCACUUCUUAAAGCCAUACACUUCUAGUGUAUAAUAUGUACAGAGUUACAAAGAUGAACGUGACUCAUACUGCUUUGUUGUAUAUCAUGUAUGAAAAUAAUUUCACUACAUGUACAAGCACAAAGUGUAAUGGAAAACUAUAUUUUUUUCUUGAUUGUUACAGUAUGUCUGUUGAAUGAUGACUAGUAAAUAUCAUCUGUACAAAA